AUGGGCGACAUUAUCUCCUCAGAGAGUUCGCUCUUCUGGAGGCUAGAGAUCCCACCAACACGGUUCGACGGCUUCUUCUGUGAAUCGGUCACCCGCCAGUUCGAGUCUGAUUCCGAACCUUGUAGUCAACAAGAUCAUAUCUGGAAGUGCGCCUUUACCGAGAACAUGAUCAACGGCGUGGCGACGAUCGAUAUUGUCAUCCAGCGCAUUGAAGUCAAGAAGAAGGACGUUGAACUGGAGGCAGACGCGAUCUGGCAUCGAGGAAACUACGUCUUCGAGAUCGUCCUCUCUGAAGAUACCUUACCCUACAUGAACCCGUCCCCGUCCUCUUGCCACCGUGUCUUCGAUUCCCUCUACCACGAGAUCGUCGUCACAAGCCACCCCGACACCUCGACCGCAGAUAUCUGGUUCGAGUUCUACCCUCACUCUGCAACAGCCUCUGAAACCGCCACAGCAGACGCGUCAACACAGGACCGGAGGUUUUUGCCAUCUAUACUCUUACCGGUUGACCAGCGCCACUUGCAUCAUACACAGGAACAUCUUGAUGGGAGUGCUGCGGUGGCGGUAGUUGGGGCGCAUUUUAAGAAGUUGGUCAGGUAUCCCUAUUUUGCGGACUGGAUCGAGAGAGAGAAGCGAGUUCAGGAGGAUCAGCGGCGGAGGCAGUUGGAGGACGAGUGGAGGAUUCAUCAAGAGCAUCAUGAGCACUUCUCACAACAGCAUCCGCAGUACCAGUCACAUCAACGUGCCGAGUACCAACCCCGCGAGAUCCCUACCUACUUUCAGCCCCUCCAAGGCCCAUCGCCGUCUUCACUCUCGUCUUCGUCCGCCUUGGCUUCAUUUCCUCUUCACCAGCAGCAGCACUCUCGCCACGUUCCUCCUCAGCGUCAGCAUCAACAACAACAUCAUUUUCGAUCAGAACCCUCGUGCCCUCAGCAUAUCGACCAAUUGGUCCCACUAUCACCAACUCUACGAAUCCCUGUCAAAGGUGUCUCCCUAGGAACCUUCAAAGUCAUCCUCCAAUAUAUCUACACCGGCUCAAUUGGUCUCUCGGAUGGGCAGAUCAAAGAUAUUGACAAGUACUGGAACGAUAACCCAGAAGACCAUCUGGCCCCUCGCCAGAACCGGAACCCACUCGACGACGAGGAUACGCCCUCGUUGAGUUCUUUGUUGGCUUAUUAUCAUGCAAGAGUUCGGCCUGGGGAUUCGGAGAGUGGUGGUGUAGAUGGCAGUAGGAUCGCGCCUCGGCCUCCUAUUAUUCUCCCGGUUCCAGGACCUCCCAGAGAGGCCCUUGGUGAUCAGCAACAGGCACGGCAAGGAGAAGGAAGAGGUAGAGGACCAAUUGCAGCAUCGGAUCGACCGCACACCGGCAUUAAGGACAUGAUUAUGUCAGACGACAUUUUCACAUUUAGGACGGCGUCCGCUCAGACUGCGUGGAUCCCUUGUUUGCCCCGAAACCGGCGCAAAGAGUUUCGAGAUCCACAGUCUCUACCCUCAAUCCCUGUUCGCCAACAGCAGCCUAUGAGCGAACAUGAUGAGCAAUCAGUCGUCGGCUCGUCUCGUCGACUAGAUCAAUGUGGAUCCGAAGGAGAGCAGACCAGCACCAGCACCAGCACCAGCGAGCUCCACUCUGCGGGCGGACCCUUUGCCCCCUCCUUCUCUUCCACCACUAGCAGUACUCACCCGCCCACACAUCAAAUCGACGUCCACAAGACCCGCCCAACCUGCUCCUGGGAAUCCCUCCUCCUAGCCGCAAACCUCUUUCAACUCCAAGACCUCGAAACAACCGCCCUCAAAGCAAUCAAGUACCACUGCCAGAUGCUUGCCUCUCGGGCCUUGAUCAACAACAACGUCAUGGCCAAGGUUGCCCAUGAUGGGUUUGAUCGGUCGAAUCAGGAUCUGCAGCUUGCGUUGGGGGAGAAGAUUCUGUUGUCGCUGCUGAAGCUUUAUAGAUCGCCGCUUUUGACGAUCCAUCUGAAGGGGGUUCGGGUCUUGCGGGGUGAUCAAGGAGGUGCCGGUGGAGGGGGGGGUGGAGGUGAGUGUAGAAAAAAAGGUACGGGAGGAGGAGAAGAGGAGGAGGGCAGUGAGCCCAAGAUCCAAGAACACGCUCAUGAAAGACAUACGGGUCUGCAGACUCAACUGGAAGAACUAUUUCGAGACCAAGCUGAAGAGCAACAAGGCGACGGCGGCGGACAUGGAGGAGGAGAGGAAGAACAGGAGAAGGGAAAGGAGUCUGGCAAUAAGAACGAUGAUAGGAAGCAGCAGGAAGAAGGACACCUCGGGACAGCCCUAACGUCCUUGAGCCCUUCUUCUUCGUCACCGUCUGCGAGAACUCGUGGCAGUGGUGGUGGAGGAGCUGCAUCUUCUCGCACUCGAGGAUCUCGCCGUUCUUUUGGACAAGGACGCAGCAUUGGCCCAGCGGCGCAGCAACAGCAGCCCACCGCGCAGAAGCACGAGCCAGAGUUCUCUAACCCCACCAGAACUCGAAACGGUACCACUAGUGGUAGUAGUAUCAGCAGUGCCAGAGCAGCUACCUACUGCCAACGUCAAGGCUCUCAAGGCUACGACGACGACAGCGACGGCGAGGGCCAACGCCAACCCGGCCGAGAGGAGGAAGAAAACGAUGAAGGUGACGAAGGUGAAGAAGGAAGGGAAGUGGGUGGGAGCGGGUCUGAGAGGAUCACAACACCUUUGGCACUGCUGGACCACCCAGAGUGUGAGGAUGCGCUUCAGGGACUCUGUGAGGAGCUUCGGGAGCGGUUCUUGAGCCUGCGCGAGGUCAUUGAGCCUCCGCACCGUGAUCCUCGCAGUGGUCACACUGACUAA